CGCCCCCGGCCCGGGCCGCGAUGGCCCCGCCGUCCCCGCGGGCCCCGCUGCCCGCCCUGCUCUGCGGCCUGAGCCUGCUCCUCGGCCUCCCGGGGCCCGCGCGGCCGCAGCCCUCCGCGCUGCCCCAGCCGGCGCCCCCCGCCCCGCCGCACCCGUGUCACACCUGCCGGGGGCUGGUGGACAACUUCAACAAGGGUCUGGAGAGAACCAUCCGGGACAAUUUCGGAGGGGGCAACACCGCGUGGGAGGAGGAGAAACUGUCCAAGUACAAAGACAGUGAGACCCGCCUGGUGGAGGUGCUGGAGGGCGUCUGCAGCAAGUCGGACUUCGAGUGCCACCGCCUGCUGGAGCAGAGCGAGGAGCUGGUGGAGAGCUGGUGGUUCCACAAGCAGCAGGAAGCCCCGGACCUCCUUCAGUGGCUCUGCUCCGACUCCCUGAAGCUUUGCUGCCCCCCUGGCACCUUCGGACCGUCAUGCCUGCCCUGUCCAGGGGGUGUCGAGAAGCCUUGUGGCGGCUACGGGCAGUGUGAAGGCGAAGGGACUCGCGGGGGCAGUGGGCGCUGCAUGUGCCGGCCCGGCUACGGAGGCGAGGCCUGUGGCCAAUGCGGCCCUGGCUACUUCGAGGCGAUGCGGAACGCCAGCCAGCUGGUGUGUUCGGCCUGCUUCGGCCCCUGUGCUCGCUGCUCGGGGCCCGACGAGUCACACUGUCUGCAGUGCAGGAAGGGCUGGGCCCUGCACAACCUGAAGUGUGUGGACAUUGACGAGUGCGGCACGGAGCGGGCCAGCUGCGGCGCCAACCAGUUCUGCGUGAACACGGAGGGCUCCUAUGAGUGCCGGGACUGUGCCAAGGCCUGUGUGGGCUGCAUGGGUGCCGGCCCAGGCCGAUGCAAGAAGUGCAGCCGCGGCUACCAGCAAGUGGGCUCCAAGUGCCUGGAUGUGGACGAGUGUGCCACGGAGGUGUGCCCCGGAGAGCAGGAGCAGUGUGAGAACACGGAGGGCAGCUACCGCUGCGUCUGCGUCGCGGGCUACAAGCAGGUGGACGGCGUCUGUGUGCAGGAGCAGGUCCCCGAGUCGGCGGGCUUCUUCUCCGAGAUGACGGAGGACGAGCUGGUGGUGCUGCAGCAGAUGUUCUUCGGCGUCAUCAUCUGCGCGCUGGCCACGCUGGCCGCCAAGGGCGACCUGGUCUUCACGGCCAUCUUCAUCGGGGCGGUGGCGGCCAUGACCGGCUACUGGCUGUCGGAGCGCAGCGACCGCGUGCUGGAGGGCUUCAUCAAGGGCAGGUAGUGCUUGCGCCCUGCACGCGGCACCCCUGCCCCUUCCGGCAAGGGCCCCGAGUACAAGUGGCCUGACAGUGGAUGCUGGAGACAGUGGCCUGGAAGGAGGGCGGGUGGCACCAGGCGGGCCGAGGGUCAGAGGCCUUCUUGGGGUGGCCCCGGCCGGAGUGGUCCCUGUGGCGGGGAGGGAGGCUUGCCCCGGCCCCUUCAUUCUCUGUCCCCUGCCCUGACACCGGUUAAUUUAUUCAUCUCAGGAAAUAAAGGUCUGGAAAGCUGA